GCUAUCUUUUUCGUAAAAAUGAUUUCUUUCACUAUUUGUCAUCUGGGUCUUACGUAAUUGAGCCCCGGAAAGAUAUUUGUUCAACUGGGUUUUUUUGAAAUUUGGCUGAAUAUGCUCUGUGCUAUUAGUUAAUUUUGCCGUUUUUCGCUUUUGGUGUUGCAGAGAGCGGUGCGAGCAUCAGUAUUAAUAGGUGCAGAGACACAACACUAGCUUCUACUUUCCUGGUCUGCGCCGCCCGUGCUUGUCGCUCGGCCGCUUCCAGUUUUCACCAACAAAAGCCCGCAGAUCUCGAGACCCUUUUUGACAGAUUUUCGACAUUCAUUCCAUCGAUUGGUUGAUAUAGGUUCAACAAUCAACAACCUUUCCUUUCCCCGCCAUUUUCUCUAUAUAUAUAUAUAUAUCAGCUGUCAACAGUUAAAUUGAUACUGGGCUCAAUUCAUAGCAAUUCAAGAGGUUUUGGGGUUCGAUAGGUUUGUUUCACUUGUGCUCAAAGGUGUGCUCAAAUUGACCUUUGAGGUGUCAAACAAGCCACAAUCACAGGAUGGGUCGGCCGUAGUUUUUGGACAGUUUGUUGCUUUGCAUGGAAACCAAGGCAUGCUGAGUUCUGAUGAAAAGGAAGGCGAUUUGUUCUUUGAUUCGGUUGACUGCUUAUCGGCAGACGAAGAGUUGGGUGGUUGUGAAUUGGAGUACAGUAUUUGGGUGAAUGAACCAAAGAGUGUUAAGGAGAGACGUGAAAGUUUUCUACAAGCUAUGGACCUCGUUGAUUUUGUUUCUAGGAGUGAUGACAUUGUUAAGUUUUCAGAGGUUACGGGGUUGGAAAGGAUUACAGGGUCUGGUGGUUCUGUUACAAAUUUGUCUUCAUUGUCCUCUGAAGAGGGAGAGGAAAGUUUGGUCUGUUGUGAAAGGGGUAUAAAUGAAGCGAAUUCUAUGGUCGAUGAUGACUGGGAGAAGGACAACUUGAACACGGUCCGAGAACAUGAACAAAGACAAGAAGCUUGUAAUCAAGCCAGAGAAAAUGACAAUGUUUAUAUUGGCAAAACGAAAACGAAGCGUUGGCAGAAACUCUUUGCAAAGUUGAAGAAAUUAAGGAAGGCCACAUUUGUAUCUGAGCUAUUAGAAGCUACACCUACAUCACCCAUGGAAAUGAAAUUUAAGGUAUUCCCAAACAAGAAGAGGAGAUGCAUGGAGUUGACAGGAGUUAAUAUGAGCCAAAAAAUUCAAGCUCACAAGGGCUUCAUUUGGACAAUGAAGUUUAGCCCGGAUGGCCAGUACAUGGCUAGUGGGGGUGAAGAUGGGGUUGUACGCAUUUGGCGUUUUGCAUCAGUUGAUGCUUCUGUCAAAUCUUUUUCAGCUGAAGGUGGAUGUUGUAACAAUUCAAAGGAUAGAAAGUUGAGUUUUGGUGGAAAUAAGUUGAGUCCAACACCGUUUCUCCUUCCUGAUAAGCUUUUCCACAUUGAAGAGUCACCACUGCAAGAGUUUCAUGGCCAUUCCAGUGAUGUUUUGGACUUGGCAUGGUCCAUGACAAAUUGUCUUCUAUCUUCAUCCAACGAUAAAACAGUGCGUCUGUGGCAAGUAGGCUACAAUGAUUGUCUGGGAGUUUUCCACCAUGGCAAUUAUGUAACAUGCGUUCAAUUCAAUCCCGUCAAUGAAAAUUACUUCAUCACUGGCUCCAUUGAUGGAAAAAUUCGAAUUUGGGGAGUUCCUGAUAAGCGAGUGGCUGAUUGGGCUGAUAUACGAGAUGUAAUAUCUACUAUAAGUUACCAGCCGGAUGGCAAAGGGUGUGUUGUUGGUACCAUUCGAGGCACUUGCUACUUUUUUGAAGCAUCAGGCUGUGAUCUACAACGAGUAGCAGAGUUACAAAUUGCAGGCAGAAAGAAAAUGUCUGGCAAUAAGAUUACUGGAAUUCAGUACUCCAAGGAAAAGUCUGACAGAUUAAUGAUUGCUUGCGAAGAUUCCAAAAUUUGUAUCGUUGAUGGACAUGAUAUCGUUUGUAAAUUCAAAGGUCUUCCAAAGUCGGGAAAUCGGUUGUCUGCUUCAUUUACUUCAAAUGGUAAACGGUCUCCGUUGGAAAGGACAGCCGUGUUUGUGUGGAACUACGACAACCAUUGUUCCCCAUCAUCUACGAACAAAUCUGUGCGCUCCUGUGAGCAUUUCUUCUCCAAAGGCGUUGCCGUUGCAGUUCCCUGGCAUGGUAUGGAAAAUGAAUGGACUGGCUUAGAUAGCUGUAGUGUUCCGUACCACUCGCAAACACAUAACCACCGAGAUGGCACUCCCCCGAUCAGAGAUUCAUAUACAUUCUCCCUUGGAUAUUGGUUCUCCAUUGACGGCCAGUGCAGAGGAUCUGCAACAUGGCCUGAGGAGAAACUUUGUCCUUGGGAUGUUACAAUUGCAGAAGAUGAAUGUUAUCAGCAGCUCUUUGAGGACCAGUAAUGUCAGGGCCAGUCCAGUGCCAUGCUUGUGACAAUGCAGCUCUAGAUGUCGGCGUAAUCUGGGUUCACCUGAACCUGUAAUCUGGGUUCACCUGAACCUGACACUGAGCUCAACGCACUCCUUGUCGAAGACUUCCUCGAGUCAGCUCUCCUAUUAAGUUAUCAGCAAGAAGGAGCAGAAGCAGCUUUAGGUGCCAUGAAACUUUUCAUGGAUGUAAAUUCACCUUAUUCUUUUUGUUUUUUUGGUUAAUCCUAUAUCUUUCCUGUUCUGUUCUUACUAGCAUACACUGAGUUCAGUAGGUCUAGUCCUUCCAAUACUUUAGGUUAGCCCUUACCAACAUCCUGAUGUGAUAAUGGGGUUUUAUAUGGUCAUGUUCCUUGAGGCAGCAGUAAAAUUCUCUCUGUUUUUCUUGUGAAUCAUAUACAACAGGACUAAA